AUGGGUCUUGAGGAAAACGCGACCAAUAGAUGUGACUCUCCAAAUCACAUCCAAUUACCAGAACAGCUGUCGCCCAAAUUCAUCGACAGGCUUAUCCGUUUGAAAACUACAUAUUGGAACAGAGAAUACGCAAUAGUUUUGCUUGCAAUUAUAGGUGUAUUUAUUACGUCACUUCAAUACAGUACAUAUUACAAAUUUAUUGAUUUUAUAAAUCAAUCAAAUAAAACUGACAAUGUUCAUAUUGGUGGUUGCAUGUCAUACAAUACGCUUGGAUAUACUGUCGGUUUGAUACCCGGUGGUGUUCUAUCCACUUUAUAUCCGGCUCACAAUAUUUUAGGGAUUUGCGUCGCCAUAUCGUCGAUUGGUCAUGUAAUUGUUAUCAUGAGUUUAAAUUACUUAAACGGUCUCACGAUUUGUAUCUUACAAUUGUGUAUUGGAUUGUCAAUGGCAGUGGUGGAUGUGUCAAUUGACAGGGUUUGGACGUAUUGGGUCCCACUGAAUAAACAGUCAUCAAUACGCCACGUUCCAAUGGUAUUGUACAUGGUGAUAUUUGAUGAAGGAUAUAUCUUUAAUACUAUGGAAAAGCUCCACAAUGAAUAUUCGUCUUAUGCUUUAACUCUAUUUAUUGGUGUGAUCGGAUUGGCCUGGUACGUUUUGUGGUUGUACGUGAUCAACGGAAAUUAUUCAUUUCAGAGCCUGAACCUCGAUUUUAUAUUGUUUGGAGGUUUAAACAACUCGCGAUAUUCUUUUGGGACAUAUGGCGAAUCAUUAACCCGAUCAAUCGUAUCGGACAUUCCAUGGAAAUCGAUUUGGACUUCUAAACCGUUCCUUGCGAUAGUCGUAUUGUACGUGUGUGAACCAUAUAAUAGUGAUUAUUAUAGUUACAGCGACGUUGACGUUUUCGAAUGGACCAUGAGAGAUAACAUUGUCGUCUUCUUGUUUCUCUUCGUCGUCCUGAUCGAAUUAGUUCCAGAAAUUGCCUUGCCCAUUUCCACCACCAACGUCAGAAAGAUUUGGAGUUGCUCGUAUUUCGGUUCAUUGGGAAUUAUUUUUUUUCUGAAGGCCAUUUUAGGGGAUAUUAUUAACAGCAAUAAAAUAUACCAAUACUUGUUUAAAGAAAUUCGUCAUCUUUAUAAUUUCGGAUUCUACGUAAAUAUUUUAGACAUCGCACCAAAAUAUGCCAGUUUAUUGUCUGGUUUCCUGAUGUGCACACAUUAUUAUAUUACAGACUUUUUUUGGUUCUAUGUCGUACAUCCAAUAUUGAGUUUUGCGAAACUUAAUGAUGUCGAAACUGGUAUCUCGGUAUCGAUAAUAUGUUUUGCUGCGGCUGCGUUCUAUGCCGUUUUCGCUUCGGCGGAAGUACAACCAUGGGGAGAUGAACCUGUUGAAGAAAAUCAACAAAAUAUCGUUGAAAACGACAGUAGAAAUUAUAAUAAAUUACCAUGUACAGUGUAA